AAGGUUGCUAGUUUAGCCAACCUUCUAGGGCAAGAGCUACAACAGGCAGGAGACUAUGAUGGCGCACUGGUCCAGCAUCGUGAGGAAGCAGCCUUGUGUGAGGCUCUCGGUGACACCAUUGGUGUGGCUGUGGCACAACGCCGCAUGGGGGAAGUGUACAGUGAGAUGGGAGAAUGGGGAAAAGCACUCCAUUGCCUAAAUAAAUACUUAUCUCUUGCCAAAGAGGCAGAAAGUUUGGUGGAAGAGCAGCGUGCUUAUGCAACCCUUGGUCGGACUCACUUGCAGAAAGCAGAGGAAGCAGGAUUGAGGGGUCAGGAAGAGGACCAAACAAAGGCUUUGACAGAAGCAGAGAAGGCUUUUUUACGUUCCCUUUCUGUAUGUGAACGCCUCAAAGGAGCAGUUGACUCUCAGGAGCAUAGCCAGAUGCGGUGUCGGCUUUACCUUAAUCUUGGAUUAGUUCUGGAUUAUCGAGGAAAUGCUAAAAAGGCACGUCACUUCAUAAGCCAAGCGCUAGAUUUGUGCACCAAUAACAGUCUUCACGAAGAUGCACAAAGAUGCCAUUCAGCGCUUGGGGUUAUCUUGCUACGAGAAGGCCUCCUGACAGAUGCCCUUCAAGAGGGUCAAAAAUCAUUAGCUUUGGCAGCCAAACUUCAUAAUAAAAGUCUCCAGUGUGACUGUCACUCAUUCCUUGCACAGGUCCAUCUUGCUAAUGCUGACUAUGAGGCUGCAAAAAAAUGCUAUCACAAAGCCUAUAAACUGAAACACCCUGACCUUGAAGAUAGGGAAAGAAUUGAGAAAAAUUUAAAAUGUGUUGUAAGUAUGUGUGUAGCUGAGGACUCUCUAGUGAUGAUGGGAGAUGGCACUGAUGAAGAAAAGAUAAAAUUAUAUGAAAAACUAGGUGAUGGGUCAGCCCAUUUGGGAUUCUACACUAAAGCAAUUGAGUAUUACCAAAAAAUGUUGGAAUGUGCUGUCCGUGCGAACAAAAGCCCUUCAUUUCUUGCUCCUGUAUAUCUGUCUCUUGCUCAAACAUAUUCUGAUAACAAACAGUUUUUGGAGGCUAAACAGUAUUACAUAAAAGAAUAUGAAGUAAAGCUUCAAGAAGAUACUAGUGAAGCCUGCAAAACUUUACUCACCAUUGCAGAUGUACGAGAAAGGCUUGGAGAAAAGUAUGAUACACUCUCAGAUACCUAUCAUGAAGCUAGAGCAUUGGCUGCUAAAGACCGCAAUCCAAAACUAGAGGUUUAUGUGCUGCGUUUGUAUUCUUGCCUUCCUGGUAUCCCAGAAGAUGUAAAAUGUGAGCUCAAAGAACAAAUGAAUGCACUGGCAAAUGAAAAUGAUUUAGAUCCAGAAGCAGACUUGAGUGACGAGGAAGAAAAUGAAUGUGAAGAUGAGAUUGACUUAAAUCUUGUCAACUUUUCUGACAGUGAAGAUGACCAGGAAAACUUUGACAGGCCUAGGCAGUCACGUCAGAAGAAGUCUCUUGUGGUAAAGAGAAAUGAGAAAGGAGAAACCCCUUUGCAUAAGGCUUGCAUAGAUGGGAACCUUACCAUGGUGCGGAAGCUCCUACAACAAGGCCAUCCUGUUAAUCCUCGUGACAAUUGCGGUUUGCCCAUCCAUGAAGCAGCCAAUCAUGGUUACUAUGAUAUCAUUCUUGAACUGAUAGAGGCUGGAGCGUGGAUUAGUGAUCGAGGAGGAAAAAGUGUUGAUGGUAUCACACCUAUACAUGAUGCUGCAUCUUGUGGAAAUAUUGAGAUUGUCAGACUUCUUAUGAACAAAGGGGCCUCAGUCAUUGCUAAAACUGAUGAUGGUGAUACUCCCUUGGAAAGUUUGGUAAAUUACAGAAGAAGAGCAAAACUUUCUAAAAGGGAUGAAGAGGAAUGCAUUAGACUUGAGACAGAGCUGAAGGAAGCAAUGAAACGUGCUGGGCACAAAAUACCAGCCAAGGCUUCCGACUCCUCUCCAUCAGACCGCUUUAGCCCCAAGGAAUCCCAACCGCUGAAAAGGAGAGCAAAUUCACAUGCAUCUCUGUCUGGGAUAGAGGAAGUGUCGAGACCAAGAAGGUUUAGUGAAGAAAAGACUGAUAAGAGUAAGCUGAGUUCUAGACUGGGCUUUGAAGAAGAGGAAAGUGAAGGGAUACUGGAUGAUGAGUUACCUGACCCUUGUGCUACUGGUAGUAAUACUGAUGAAAGACCAUCAAGUGCAUUUUCUCAAGGAAAUCCAAUUGAAGCUGAUAUUGAAGAAGACUCAGAAGAAUUUGUUAAUCCUUUGCUUAUAGAUUUACAGGAGCCAAAAUCAGCAACAGGAACUUACCUGAGUGCAAUUGAGAGUGUGGGCAGUGCUGUGCGUAGAGCUGAAUUCCAGAAGAGUAGCUUAUCCCUUCCAAAGGAUAAGAAGCAGGCGCUUGUGACUGAUGAGGAGGUUGUAGAUGAUUGGUUAGAUGAUGAUCUCGGUAUAUUUUCCAGAAAAAGGAAAAGGGUAGAGAAACUUGAAUUUGAAUACAAGGAACCCAAGAGGGAACGUAGAGUCCUGUCAGAAAAGAAUUCAUCAGAGAGAAUAUUAAGUCGGACUAAAAAGGUCCGUCAGACAAAGUUGACUUCGAUUGUACAGAAAUAUCCAGAGGACAUCCAUGAUGGAAGGAACAGUCCUUGCACAGAAGGUGAUUACAGCUUGAGUGACAUGAGAGACAGUCCUGUAACUACAGAGACCAGCAGAGCAGUUGAUUCUCCAGCUACAAGUACCCAUGAGAGUCCAAUCACUCCCAGCAGUACGCAAAGUACUAUCAGUGGUGGUGCCUUACGUCUCCGAGUUCGAGUUCAGAAUCGUGUCUUAUUGGUGCCAGUAGCUGGUGCUGGACAGAACCGGACAGUAAGUUGGCUAGCAGAGGAGGUAACACGCAGGUAUUACCAGCUAGCUGGAUUACGUCCCAUCUCGCUGACAACUCAGGAUGGUGCUGUCCUUGAUCCCAAUGAUCCAAUAUCUCUUGUGCUACCUAUGGAGAUGUCAGAGUUGCAGGCACAGGUAACAGGUUGGGACUUACCACCUUUGCCUGAUCGCUAUAGCCAAGCAUGCCAGGCUCUUGGCACCGUCCCUGUUUCGUCAAUCUCUUCCAUCUUGCACCGCACAGAAGCUUCAACCAGUCUUGAUCUUAAGCAUGUAAGGCGAAUCACAGCACUACAACUUCAGCCAGUUCUCAGGGCCAUUCAGUGCCAGCAAAGCUUGCGAAGUAUAGAUCUGUCACAUUGUCGAUUGGGAGAUGAUGGCUUCCGCCACUUGAUAGAAGCCUUGCAAUCCUUACCAUCACUUGAAGCUUACACCUGA